CCUUUGCCUGUAUUGGAAUUAGAUACUGGAGCAAAAGUGGAACAUUCUUCUACUCUAGCUGAUGUGUAUAUAUACAUAUAUAGUAGUAUGUGUUUAAGCAUUGCAAUUAGCAUAUUUGCUCUUUACUUUUCUUGCAAGUACUCCCAGGCUAAACAUGCAAGGGGAAAAGGACGAGGCGGGCGAUGGGAAGGAGAUCGUGGUUGGGCCAUGGGGAGGAAACGGAGGGAGCAAUUGGGAUGAUGGGUGCUUCAAUGGAGUGAGGGAGAUCAAGCUCAUGUAUGGCCGUUGCAUCGAUUCAAUACGCGUCGUGUACGAUAGAAACGGAAGGCCCGUUGCAGCGGAGAAGCGUGGAGGUAGCGGAGGCACCAAAACUGCAGAGGUGAAGCUGCAGUUUCCAGAGGAGUACUUCACGGCGGUGUGGGGGCACUACGCCCCAGUGGUGCACGGGGGGAGCCCGGUGAUCCGGUCGCUGACGUUCAGGACAAACCGCAGAACAUUGGGGGUGUUUGGAGUGGAAGAAGGGACGCCAUUCAGUCUGCCGAUGGAAGGAGGGCAGAUUGUGGGAUUCAAAGGGAAGUGUGGUUGGUAUGUAGAUGCAAUUGGUUUCCACAUAGCUAAAGUGAAGACAGCCAAGGCUGUGCCGAGAGCGCAGCCUAGUCUCUUCAGAAGGCUCACUAGCUCAGUCUCGUUCGCCCCUCUUGCUCUUAGAGACGGAGAUGAAGCUCGGGCUAGAUCCACUAAACCUGCCCCUCUUACUCUUAGAGACGGAGAUGAAGCUCGGGCUAGAUCCACUAAACCUGCCCCUCUUACUCUUAGAGACGGAGACGAAGCUCGAGCUAGAACCGCUAAACCUCCCACUUAGAAAAUACAACACCUAAUUUCCCGCGUAGGAGAUGUUUUAGGUGAUCCUUAUCGAUUGUAUUGAUAUUGUAGUAUGCUUUAUCCGCUUCAAAACAUGUUUUGAAACUAUCCCAUUUCACAAAUAAACAUUUUUACUUAGAUAUCAGAGGGUUCUUUUUGAUGUAAUCCGAUCUAGCAAGCUUCCAAUAACUUUACUUUUCAUAUUA